AGGACACCUGAUUCAGGUAAGAAACACAACACAGACACAGAGCACGUCUUCACCGUCUUCAUCAUCAUCAUCUUCUUCAUCUUCAUCAUGAUCAGGUGCACCAUCAUCCUCUGUGCCUUGACUUCUGCUCUCUGCUGUGAUUGGCUCAGACACUACAAUCACUAUAGCAACGUCACGCUGACACUCCUGCGACAGAUGGGAGGUCAGCUGACUGAAGACGAGAGUCCAGUUUCCUUUCCAUUCAAACUUUACACACAAGUACGACACCGCAAGGUAGAGUCUCAGUUGAUUUUCAUCAAGAACAGUUUGUUGGGGAUCUCUGACCUCUAUCGCCAUGACAACCUCUCUUCCCCUACCUGGGAUACGAAAGUGACUCAUCACUUCCAGGUCAACCUCCACCGACUGAAAGAGGAACUGAACACAUGUGUGCCGACUAGCAAACAAUUAAACAGACGACUGACGAGAUACUACACGAGGCUUAGAAGGACUCUGGACCGCACUGGUGGUAGUAUUGCGUCAUGGGAACUCAUCAGGAAAGAAACAGAACUUCAUCUUCAUCAGUUGCAGCUUCUCGUCACAUCCAUCUUAAAUUCUGCUGCCAGCAGGAGGCGCUAG